CAGCACGUAGACAGUUCCUCUGAAAGGCCUCUGGAAUGCCCCAAGCAAGAGAAAAUGCGGAGAGUGACAAGAAGCUUCAAACAUAAGACUGUUCAUGACAAUAAAACACUGCCAGAAGCGAGUGCCCAGGAAUCUGAGAAAGACAGUAACCAGUGCUCUGAUCCUGUAAAUGAGAAAAUUCAAGCUGAUAAGAAACAGUAUGUAUGUACAGAGUGUGGGAAAGCCUUCAAUCAGAGUGCGAACCUCACAGUGCAUGAGCGAAUCCACACGGGAGAGAAACCCUAUAAGUGUAAGGAAUGCGGGAAAGCCUUCAGUCACAGCUCCAACCUUGUCGUUCAUCGGAGAAUCCACACUGGCCUGAAGCCCUACAAGUGCAAUGAAUGUGGGAAAUCUUUCAGUGGUAAGUCACACCUCAUCAGACAUCAGGGAAUCCACAGUGGGGAGAAAAUUUACGAAUGUAAGGAAUGUGGGAAAGCCUUCAGUCGGAGUUCUGGUCUUAUUUCACACCACCGAGUACACACUGGGGAGAAGCCCUACACUUGUAUUGAGUGUGGGAAAGCUUUUAGUCGGAGUUCAAACCUCACUCAGCAUCAGAGAAUGCACAAAGGGAAAAAAGUUUACAAGUGUAAGGAGUGUGGGAAAACGUGUGUUUCUAAUACAAAGAUUAUGGAUCAUCAGAGAAUUCACACAGGAGAGAAACCUUAUGAGUGUGAUGAAUGUGGCAAAGCUUUUAUUUUGAGGAAGACCCUUAGUGAACAUCAGAGACUUCAUCGCAGAGAGAAACCUUACAAAUGUAACGAGUGUGGGAAAGCUUUUACUUCUAAUCGAAAUCUUGUUGACCACCAGAGAGUUCACACUGGAGAGAAACCCUAUAAGUGCAAUGAAUGUGGAAAAACCUUCAGGCAGACCUCUCAAGUUAUUCUACAUUUGAGAACCCAUACUAAGGAGAAACCCUAUAAAUGUGGUGAGUGUGGGAAAGCCUAUCGGUAUAGCUCACAGCUUAUUCAACACCAGAGAAAACAUAAUGAGGAGAAAGAAGUUUCAUCCUAAGCACUGUAGGUCUUAGAACUAACUGCUAGUUUCUGGAAAAGAAAGAUUUUCUUUAACAGGGUUAGUAUCAUCAACUCUAACCCUGUUUCUAAGAUUCCAUGCAAGAAAAUAACCAGAAGUAGAUAAAGAUUAAUAAGGAAUAUUCACGCAAACAUAGCAUACCACUGGAGGAAGAAAACUAUACUUUCAACUGCAUAGGGUUUAAAUGAAAGAUGGUGUGUCUACAGUAGAUUUUGUGGCCCUUGUGAGCAUUUUCAAAGAAGAGCGAAUCCCAGUGGGCAAAUGUUUGGGUAAAGUGAAAGAAGGAAGAAAAAUAAUGAAGUAUGGUUGAAAAACAUUUUAUGCAUAGGCUAAAGGGAAUGAAAUAAUACCAAACCAAAAUGUUAGUAGUGAUUAACUCUGGAUGAUAGAUUUGCAGGUGAUUUCUAUUUUCCCUUUAUACUUUUUUAUGUUUUCUAGAUUUGCUACAAUGAGAAUGUACUACUUUUUUAUUCAGGGAAAAUUUACAGUAUUUUAAAAAUGCAAUUAAUCUGUGAUCCUUUUCAUUGAACAGUGUUACAAAGACAUGUAGAACUCUGAAAUCUUCGGCACUUAGUAACUGUGGAACCAUGAGCAAAUCAUGCCCUUUUAAGAAUCUGUUUCCAGUUUAACAAAAUUAUAAACACCAGUCAUUGGUCUUUUGCAGAGACUUUACC